AUGUUGGGAAAAGUAGCGCUCGAAGAAGCAUUUGCUUUACCACGCUUCGCAGAGAAGACAAGGUGGUGGGCAUCAAUGUUCGCCGUCAACCCGGAAAAGCAUACCGUUGAAAUCAACGAUAUCACCGACAUUCGAAUCAAGUACAUGGACCAAUAUGGCGUGGGAUUUCAGAUCUUGUCGUACACCGCGCCUGGUGUGCAGGACAUCUUCGACAAGAAAGAGGCCGAAGCUCUGGCGGCGGAAAUCAAUGACUAUGUCGCGGAGAUGAUCAAGCAACAUCCAGAUCGGCUUGGUGCGUUUGCGACUUUGUCAAUGCAUGAUCCUCAGAACGCCGCAGCAGAGCUCCGACGCUGCGUGACGCAGUAUGGCUUCAAAGGUGCUUUGGUCAACGACACCCAACGCGCCGGUCCAGACGGAGAGGACAUGAUUUUCUACGACGCGGCAGAAUGGGACGUCUUUUGGUCCACGGUCACCGAGCUCGACGUCCCCUUUUACCUCCAUCCACGAAACCCGACAGGCACAAUGUACGAGAAACUGUGGGCGGCGAGAAAAUGGCUGGUCGGCCCCCCGUUGAGUUUCGCGCAGGGCGUCAGUCUGCAUCUCCUGGGCAUGGUCACCAAUGGUGUCUUUGACCGUCAUCCGAAACUGCAGAUUGUCAUCGGCCAUCUGGGCGAACACUUACCUUUCGACCUGUGGCGUAUCAAUCACUGGUUCGAGGACGUGAAGAAACCGCUUGGUUUGAAAGAGACGUGCAAGAAGACCAUUCGCGAGUAUUUUGCGCAGAACAUCUGGAUCACCACGAGUGGUCAUUUUUCGACGCCCACCCUACAUUUCUGUCUCACGGAAGUCGGGCCUGAUCGGAUUUUGUUCUCUAUUGAUUAUCCGUUUGAGAAGUAUGAGGAUGCGUGUGAGUGGUAUGACAAGGCGGAGAUUAAUGAGGUUGACAGGAAGAAAAUAGGGAGAGAUAAUGCAAAGAGGUUGUUUAAAUUGGGCGAGUUCAAGGAUUGUAAUGCAUAG